AUGGACUCAGAGAACUCUCAGUUGACUACUGUGACAGAAUCAACGUUCCAGCUCACAGUAGAAAACGUUUCUGAAUUAAAAACAUCAGUUUUAUCAUCACCAGUGAUAUGCCAACACCUUCCAUGGAACAUUGUGGUAAAGCCAAAUUUUGAAACAGGCAUUGGUAAACAACCACUCGGGUUUUUCAUUACAUGUGAUGGAAACUCUUCAAAAGACUGGAUGUGUCAAGCUGCCGUUGAAUUUAGUCUGUACCACAGUAAAAAAACCCGCAAACCUUUCACACGAAAAUUUUCACAUGUGUUUUGUGUUGAAAGAAAUACUGUCGGUAUUGAAAAUUUUUUACUCUGGGAAGAAGUCAUUGAUGAUGCUAACGGUUAUGUCAAGGAUGAUUCCCUUACUUUUGAGGUUUGUGUAAUGCCUGAAUUGCCCGACGAUAAAAAAGCUGAUUUCUCUGUAACUGAAGUUGUUUUCCGACAUACCCUGAAAAAUGUUUUAAAUAUUAACAAGCCAGUACAACUAGGACCGUUUACAGCUUGCGAUUUUGCUUGGAAAAUUAAUGUUAAACUACCAUCUAAAAAAUUAUUAGAAAAACCUCAUUCUCUUGGACUUCACCUUCAAUGUAACAGAGAAGUUUUCUCAAAUUCUUGGACAUGUCGUGCUCGAAUUGAAGUAUGCUUACUCUCUCGAAAGAAAAUUCCAGAAAAAUUGUAUCGAAUACUGCAACAUCAAUUUUCAAGUAGAAACAACACAGUAGGAGUUGAAGAUCUAAUUUCGUGGAAAGAUUUAUUGAAUGAGGACAAAGGGUAUAUUAUAAAUGAUUCCAUCAUUGUUGAGGUACACGUGGUUCCGGCUAAAUUUGAUUUGAAAGCUUACUUGAAUGUAACUGAAGCAACAUUUUGGUAUACAUUUGAAAGUGUGUCAAAAAUAAAUGUAUCUAGAUUGUCACCGCCGUGUUUCAUCGGGAAUUUUCCGUGGAGAAUAAAAAUUCUACCGAAUAAAUUAAAAGACGGACUUGCAAAUUCUUUAUUCGGAUGUUACAUAUAUUGUAACGAAGGAAACAAAUCCAAGAGUUGGGGUUGUAAUGCCAUUGGAGAAUUACGCUUAGUCUCAAAUCAGAAAAGUAGACAGGCUUUCGCUCGGAAAUUGCUUCCACAUCACUUCGAUGGGCAACACAAUAACUGGGGGUUCGAUUGUUUCAUGCUGUGGAAGGAUGUAAUAAAUCCGAUUAAGCCUAAAUCUAGUAUGGUAUUAAAAGAAGCUACCAUUGAGUAUACAGUUCAAAAUUUUUCUCAACUGAAAGACGCAGUUUCAUCACCAACAUGUACAAUCCAACACUUGCCAUGGAAUGUAUUGGUGAAACCUUUUUAUGAAACUGAUCUUGGGAAAUUACCUUUUGGACUUUUUGUCAUAUGUGAUGGAAAUGAUUCAACUAACUGGACUUGUCGGGCUGAUGUUGAAUUUAAUAUUUAUCCUUUAAAUAAAAAAUUUCGAGUACCAUAUUUUAGAAUUAAGCCUGAAUUGAGUAUGGUAUUAAAAGAAGCUACCAUUGAGUACACAGUUCAAAAUAUUUCCAAAUUAAAAGACUCAAUUUCAUCGCCAACAUGUACAAUCCAACACCUGCCAUGGAAUGUAUUGGUGAAACCUUCUUAUGAAACUGAUAUUGGGAAACGACCUUUUGGAUUAUCUGUCACAUGUGAUGGAAAUGAUUCAACCAAUUGGACUUGUCGUGCUGAUGUUGAAUUUAAUAUUUAUUCUUUUAAUAAAAAAUGUCGAGUACCAUUUUCUAGAAGAAGGAAACAUACUUUUUCUACUAAAGCAAAUACCACAGGGUUCGAAGUACUUUGGGAAAAAAUAACCACCUCAGAAAAACGCUUGAUUGAAAAUGAUUCUAUCAUACUAGAGGUCUGUAUUCAUUGUCACCCAGAAAAUAGCGAAGAAACAAACGCUGACUGUUCAGUUGUAGAAACAGUUUUUCGACACACCAUUAAAAAUAUCUCCAAGAUCCAGAAACCAUUCAUAUUAGGACCUUUUCCUGCACUCAAUCUUUCGUGGAAAAUUAUUGCAUAUUUUCCAACAAAACCUACUGAACCUCAAUCUCUUGGAUUACACUUACAAUGUAACAAGGAUGUUCAUUCAGAUACUUGGAAUUGUGACGCCCGCAUAGAAUUUCGCCUACUGAACCACCAAAAGAGUGAUGAAAAAUUGUGUCGAAUUAUUCAACAUCAAUUUUCUGGUAAGGAAAACACAGCAGGGGUUGAUGAUUUCAUUCAAUUGAAAGAUUUAUUAAAUGUUGCCAAAGCCUGUUUGAGUGUUCGCGAAGGGACAUUUUGGUUUAAGUUCGAAAAUGUAUCGAAAAUAACCGGCGAUCAGUUAUCGUCCCCAUGCACUAUAGGGAAUUUUUCUUGGAAAAUCGUGAUUAAGCCAUUCAAAAAAGCGGACGAAGAAUUAUAUCUUGCAUGUUACUUGAGGUAUGGUCAAGUAAAUUCUUCGACCAGUUCGAGUUGUGAUGCAAUUGCAACGAUGAAACUUGUUUCUUUUGAAAAAGAUAAACAAUCCCACAAACAAAAAACACCGCCAAAGCAUUUUACAAAGGAAAUUGAUUCAUGGGGAUUUUCUCGAUUUAUUCUGUGGAAGGAUUUAAUGGAUUCAGAAAAAGGUUUCGUAAAAAAUGAUUCGAUGACUAUUAAAAUCAAAGAUUUGAGUGUUGUUCCUAAUAGAAGACAAUUUUUCGAUUUAAGUGAUGAAAUGGAUGGCGCGGAAAUUAUUUUUUCCGUAACUGAAGGAACGUUACGGUACACUGUAAAGAACAUAUCAAAAAUGAAAACACCUCAAUAUUCUUCAGUAUGGGUAAUACGCAAUUUACUUUGGAAAAUUAUGGUCCAUCCGGUAUCUAGUGGUGGAUUAAAAAAUCAAUCAACUGAAUCACUUGGAUUUUUUCUUCAAUGUGAUACAAAGGAUUUAUCGAAUAGUUGGGGUUGUGAUGCCGUUGUUGAGUUGCGUUUGUUAUCAAACAAAGAAGGCGAAAAACCUUUUACUCGAAGAAUUCAACAUUUUUAUUAUAGCUUAGAAAGUGAUUGGGGUUUUACACAUUUUAUACCAUGGAAAGAUCUUCUAGAUCCAGAAAAUGGUUAUAUUCAAGAUAAUUCUAUAACAGUUGAGGCUCAUGUAGUUACCGGAGAACCUAUUGAAAUUGAUUUAGAAAAACUCAAACUUUUAGAAGACAGCGUGACUCAACGUCGAGAAUCUUUAAGCACUAGUGAUGGAGAUAGCAGUAACCGCAAAGACGAUUCCGAUUCCAGUAUUGAUACCAUAAAGCCAGUUAAGAAGAAAUCGAUAGGGAAACUCCGGUACACUGUAAAAAAUUUAGCCAGAUUGAAGAAAUGCGAAUAUUCACCUCCUUUUAAUAUUAAUAAUUUGUCUUGGCAUAUAGUAGUAAAACCAAAUAUCCGCAGUGAAGAAAAAAAUCAGCAAGAGAAAUACGUUGGCGUUUAUGUGAAAUGUGAUGGUCCUGAAAAUUCUUCGCCGUGGUUGGUGUAUGCUUCUGUAUAUAUGCGCGUGAUUCCGGUUAAAGAAGAUGUUGAUGCUUUUGAUGAAGACUUUUUAUUAAAUCCAGAAAAUGGCUUCAUUACUGAGAAUGGAUCUGUAACAUUCGAGUCUCACAUGUUUCUUGACAAAUGUCAAGGUAUUACCUUAGAUUCUCGAAGAUUUUUCAGUGAGGUUGACCCGAAUGAAUGCAAUGCUGAAUCUGAGGUAGUAUAUAAAUUCAAAGUAGAUCACAUUUCUACCUUGGAAGAAUCGCGAUUAUCACCAACAUUUAAAUUGCACGGCUUAUCAUGGAGUAUAAUAAUUUCACCAGAAGUAAUUUAUCGCCAUUGUGACGAACCUAUUGAAACACUUGGAUUUUUUCUACGAUGUCAAGGAUUACCAUUGUUAAAAAAUUGGUGCUGUUAUGCGGCAGCUGAGCUGCGUUUGUUGUCAAACAAACCUGAUCAACAACCAUUUUUACGAAGAAUUUAUCAUAUUUUUAACAAUGUUAAAAAAACCUGGGGUUUCAAAGAAUUUUUGCCGUGGAAACAAGUUCUGGCUCCAGAAAACGGAUAUACUGUUAACGAUUCUAUCACUGCUGAGAUUCAUGUUCUAGCAGAACCUCCGUACAUAAGUAAAAUGAAGAGAUAUAACAAUAAAUUACCACUGAAGUUACUUAAUGUUAUUGAUGAAGAUGAAAGUUCAAUACCCACACCAGGAAGACAAGAAGAAAAAUUAAUAAUCAAUAAUUUGUUUUCUUUUACUUGCAAUGAUCCAAAAAAUAAAUCAGAUGAACAAAUGCCUGAAGUUGACUUUCAGUUUAUUGUACAAAAUGUAUCCCAGUUAUCAGAAGUAUUAUAUUCACCCCAAAUUGUGGUCAGUAAUUUAUUAUGGAGGAUGAAAAUUGUCCCGCGAAUCCGUGAAAGCAUCCUUCAAGCGGAAAUGUUAGCUUUCUUCUUAGAGUGUGGACCGAUUACUGAAACGAGUAAACCUUGGUGCUGUUAUGCAAAUGCUACACUACGUUUAUUAUCUUGCCAAAAAGAUAAGCCAAAUCUCAGUACAAAAAUUCAACACCUUUUUAAUCCAAAAGAUGCUAGCUCGGGUUGUAUUGAAUUCAUUCGAUGGGAUGAUUUAUUAGAUCAUGAAAAUGGUGGCAGCCACGGGGACAAUAACGAGUCAAAAAAGCAUCUAAAAUCUUGGCAGAAGAAGGGGAAGAAGAAUACGUACGCGCCCUACAACAGAAACAGUAUUGUAGGACCGUGGAGGAGAGCAAACUCCAGGUACCAAACGUCGUCGUGUGGUAAAGCGACGUCACCGACGGGUCGUCGUAGCAGCAGCAGCAGUGGUGACACCAUCGACGAGGCAAACGUUGUUGUCCUGGACUAUCACCAGCAUCACCAAGAUAAUUUACAGGAGCUUCAACAGGAAGUGACUGAGACGGAGCAGUUAUCACCGAAGCUAACUCAGGAGAAAUCCUCAGCGACUCUCGAGUCGGCGGUGUUACAGCCGGAGAUAAAUACUAUUCCCGAAGUCACCUCGACGGCGCCAGUCGUCCGCGAGGUACAGAGCUCCGACAAGACGACCAUCAACAUUGGUGUCGCGAUGAACCACGUUAAUGACCAGGAUAAUACAAAGCAACAAAAGUUCAAACGUGCACUUGUUAUUGAUAAUUUUGACGACUUAAUGGAUACACAAGAAGAAACACCAAAUGAUGGAGGAGGGGAUGGAAAUGAUUUACGACCAAUCAAUGGAGAACUAGAAUUUGAGUUAGCAGCAGUUGACGAAAUGUCUAGUUGCAUUGGUUUAGAUCAAGAAAUGGAUGAAGACGAAGCACGAUCUGAAGCGACGUUUCGCUACACAGUAGAAAAUGUAUCAAAAAUGAAAGAAUCCCAGUUAUCACCACCAUGUAUUGUGAGAAAUUUGCCGUGGAAAAUUAUGGUGAUGCCGCGUUCAAGUCAAACUCAAGAAAGACAACCACAGCGAUCAUUGGGAUUUUUCCUACAGUGUAACGGAGAGAGUGAAUCAACGACUUGGAGUUGCUAUGCAGUUGCUGAAUUACGUCUCCUUUCAUGUAAAGAGGGCCAAGAACCUUUUAGUAGAAAAAUUCAACAUCUAUUUUACACUAAGGAAAAUGACUGGGGAUUCAGUCACUUUAUGUUGUGGCAAGAUGUAUUGGAUCCAGACAAGGGUUAUAUCAAAGACGACUCUAUCACGCUUGAAGUCCAUGUAGUUGCAGAUGCACCCCAUGGAGUCAGCUGGGACAGUAAAAAACAUACGGGUUACGUUGGAUUGAAAAAUCAGGGUGCAACUUGUUACAUGAAUUCUCUUCUUCAGACACUUUAUUUUACAAAUCAACUGAGGAAGGCAGUUUACAAAAUGCCAACGGAAAGCGACGACUCAAGUAAAAGUGUAGCCCUCGCAUUGCAACGAGUAUUUCAUGAAUUACAAUUUUCUGACAAGCCAGUUGGUACAAAAAAAUUAACAAAAAGUUUUGGCUGGGAAACGCUUGAUUCAUUUAUGCAGCAUGACGUACAAGAAUUUUUGCGUGUGCUGUUGGACAAACUUGAAAGUAAAAUGAAAGGAACGUGUGUAGAAGGAACGGUGCCCAAAUUAUUUGAGGGUAAAAUGGCAUCUUUUAUUAAAUGCAAGAAUAUUAACUACACAUCUACAAGAGUUGAAACAUUUUACGAUAUACAAUUGAACAUCAAAGGAAAAAAGAACAUUUACGAGUCAUUUAGAGAUUAUGUGAGUACGGAAAUCCUUGACGGUGACAAUAAGUACGACGCCGGUGAUCAUGGUCUUCAGGAAGCUGAAAAAGGCGUUGUUUUCCAAUCUUUUCCACCAGUACUUCAUCUACACCUCAUGAGAUUUCAAUACGACCCAGUGACAGAUUGUUCGGUUAAAUUCAAUGAUCGAUUUGAAUUUUAUGAUAAAAUAUCUUUGGGUGAAUACUUACAAGCCGAAGAAUCAACAAAUGCAAAUUAUACACUGCACGCAGUUUUGGUUCACAGUGGUGAUAAUCACGGAGGCCACUAUGUCGUAUUUAUUAACCCAGCAGGUGACGGCAAAUGGUGUAAAUUUGACGACGAUGUGGUCUCACGAUGUACAAAGCAGGAAGCAAUUGAACACAACUACGGUGGUCAAGAUGAGGACAUGUCCAUGGCAGUGAAACAUUGUACCAACGCUUACAUGUUGGUCUACAUCCGCAACUCAGAGUUGGAGAAUGUUCUUCAAGAGGUUAAAGAAGAGGACAUACCUCAAGAGGUCAGAAACGACUUUCAAAGAGAACAUUCCCAGGAGAUGUAUGAUCAUAAGCGUGACAAAGACAUGACCGAUAGUAUCAGAGAUAAUCGCGACACCGACAUUGCUACGUUACGACCGUGCACGCAAAAUCCACGAAAUCCAAAUCUUUAUAUUCAUGAUUUUUAA